AUGUUUACGGCCUUCCGAUGCUUCACGGGGGAGUGUACCACCUAUGCUGGUGAGCCCAUCCACUAUCUUCUUGCUCUCGAGUUCGGCUAUCCGUUCAUGUUCCUAUAUGUGGGCUGCUAUAUGCUGGUGACCAUGGGCAUUUUCAACGUCAUUCUCGCUGUCUACGUGGACAUCACCAUGAAAGCAGCGAAGGAGAACGAUGCCGUCAACGCC